AUGUCGCCACAAGAAGCCAACGGUGGGAAACCGUCCAUAGACUGGUCUCUGUACCUCGUCACAGACUCGACGCCCGCCAUCCUGGGAGACAGGGAUGUUCUGCACGUCGUCGACCAAGCGAUCCAAGGCGGCGUGGGCGUCGUCCAAUAUCGAGAGAAACAUGCCGAUACCGGCGUCAUGAUCGACGUAGCCUUCAAACUGCACACCGUCACACAGAAACACAAUGUCCCCCUGCUGAUCAACGACCGAGUUGACGUGUGCAUGGCAGUAGGCGCAGAAGGUGUGCAUAUCGGUCAAGAUGACAUGGACAUCGUCCGUGCCAGGGAGAUUCUGGGACCGCACGCCAUUAUAGGGGUUACAGCCUCGUCGCCAGAAGAGGCGGCAAAGGCGAUCAAAGACGGUGCCGACUAUCUGGGCAUUGGAACCACCUUCGCCACGCCCACAAAGACAGACACGAAGCAUAUCAUCGGCACCAGAGGGCUCCAGGAGAUAUUGCGCACUUGCGACACGGGAACCACCAAGUCGAUCCCUUGUGUCGCCAUCGGCAGCAUCAACGCCUCCAAUGUCCAGCGCGUUCUACAUCAAUCCGCGUCCGGUUCGAACCGACUUAACGGGAUUGCUGUGGUCAGCGCCAUUAUGGCUUCACCAGACCCGCAAGCGUCCGCCAGAACGCUCCGCGAUUUGAUCGAGUCCGGCCCCGAAAAAUUCUACGCGGCUGUUCCCCCCAAUAAACCGAUCAUCACCGACCUGAAAACCCUCAUCACGCACGCCCCCGAUGUCAUCAGGGCGCACGUCUCGUCGGGCACGCUCUGCCACAACAUGACCAACACGGUCGUGCAGAACUUCGUCGCCAACGUCUGUCUCAGCACGGGGUCCUCGCCCAUCAUGUCCGAGAACGGGUCUGAGGCCGCCGACCUGGCGAAACUAGGCGGCGCGCUCGUCAUCAACAUGGGCACCAUCACGCCAGACAAGAUGGACGCAUACAUCGAGGGGACGAGAGCGUACAAUGCGGUGGGGGCGCCUAUCCUCUUCGACCCCGUCGGCGGAGGGGCGACGGCCGUCCGCCGCGCCGCCAUUGAGCGGCUCCUCACGGCGGGCUUCUUCAGCGUCAUCAAGGGUAACGAAGGCGAAAUUCGCGCCGUGGCAGGCUCAUCGACCUCCCAGCAGCGGGGCGUGGACUCGGGCCCCUCGGACGCCACUUCUGGGGAGAAAGCUCAACUGGUCAAGACCUUGGCGCAGCGCGAGCACUGCAUCGUGCUCAUGACGGGCCAGACAGACUACAUGUCCGACGGCACACGCACGGUGGUGAUUAGAAACGGCUCGCGCUGGCUGGGCAAAAUCACGGGCUCGGGCUGCGCCUUGGGGGCCGUCGUCGCGAGCUACAUGGCCGUGUUUCCCGACGACAAAUUCCUCGCCUGUCUCGCGGGCAUCCUGCACUUUGAGAUCGCGGCCGAGUCGGCGGGCGAGUAUUGUAGCGGGCCCGGCACGUUUGUGCCCGCAUUUCUCGACUCGCUUGAUCAGCUGGGCCAGGAAAUGCUCAAACAGGAGGGCCUAGGGUUGCCCGGUUAUUUUGCCUCCCAGGUAAAGGUGGAGAUGGUCUGA